AUGUCUUUAUCAAAGCCAACGAGCAGUAGCACAACAAGUGGAAGACCCACCCUUCCUCAAGCGUAUGGGUACCUCACGAUCGUUCAAUCUGGCACUGCUAUCGUCUUUUCCACCGUCCUGGUAACGCAUUUAUCAGCUAUUGCAUUAGCCAACUUUGGCGGUAUUCAUUUGACAAACAAAGCCAUCAUUCUUGGUCGCGUCUUUUAUCAAAAUCGACUGCUUGAACCCAUUGUUGUGUUUGGAGCCUUCUGGGGACAUGUAUUAUCAGGAUUAGCUAAAAGAGGAAUAAAGCUGUAUUGGAAAUAUAGAAAGGCCGAUGUACGAAAGUUGUAUGGAGAAGUAUAUGAGAAAGUAGAAAAGAUUGUGGAGGACGAGACGAAUGAGCAAGGAGUUGUUGUUAGACAAAAGAUUACCACCAAGACGACAACGACAAUCACCAGUUCUUACCUCUCUCGAGCGAGUGCUUUGUUACUUCCAUUCCAUAUUCUAACCGGAUACCU